AGGGGUUAGCGCCUAAUAAAUAAAUAAAUAAAUAAUAUAGGAAUUUUUAUAUGAAAGACCAUAUGGAGAGCAGCUUCAGUAGCAGACUGAUCCACCCUCGCUGUGUGAAGGAGAGAUAUCGUAGAUCCUUCCUACCUGCUGCUGUCAGACUGUACAAUCAGAACUGUUGACCACAUCCCACCACAGUCACUCACCCACUGCAUCAGUGGUUUAUAUAGCAACCUGCUCUGCACAAUAUUUGUGUAAAUCUGUGAACAAUCAUUUAUUUACUCCAUAUUUACACAAUGUGUGAACAAAUAACAUAAUUUUCUCCACAACAUUUGUGCAAACCGGGACAAGACUUAUAUCCAUUACUGUGCAAUAACCCUGCAAUGACCUCAUACUCACUCCACCUGUACUGUACUGCUUUGUACUGUGCCAACACAAACAAAUUUCCCCACUGCGGGACUAUUAAAGGUUUUUCUUAUCUUAUCUCUUACCUAUAUAGAUGACGUAUGUUUUAUCUAAAAGACAGUUGAAAUUAAAAACGAAAUCCAGACCUUAGUCUUUAAAAAUGUUUAAGUCUUGGCUGUUAACUAUUCAUGGAGUCUGGAUGUCUUCCAGAUGCAGUGACUCGACUCGAGUCACCUUCAGACUUCAACAUGUUACAGUUAUUCUUCUUUAUUCUAAAUUCUGUCAAACCUGCAUUGAUAAACCCAAUGUACACGUUUAUAUUUUGGACUGUGGAUGGGUCCCUUUACUGAAGUGGAGUACACACAUAGCUCCAUAGAAGCGACAUUGGAUCAGCUGUCACAGCUGAGCCUGCUUUCAUGUCAUUCGAUCACAGUGGAAAUUUGUUCUUCAUUAAAGGCUCUAAUCAGAGGGAGCCACACAGGGGCAUCAUGGGAAACGGGCCAGGUGGAGGGUCACCCUGAGAAGGCUGCUUAGAACUGUUACACUCAUAAAUGUGUAUAUGUUAGAUUCAAUGGAAAGUGGAAAGCUCUGAAAGUAUGUAUCGUCUCGACGAAACAACAAAAGCGGCACAACUACAGCUCCCAGCAUUCCAUGCGGCUUCCUCUGCAGUUCGCUGCAGUUCAGUGUUCAGGCACUUUAGUGUCACCCUUUGCUCGUUAGUGUCGCUUUGUUUUACUAUGUGCCUUUAACGCUUAAGAAGAAGAUAACGCUGUGAAAGUAGCUCAGACGAUGAGCAGACUGACUGGCAGCCCUUCCAGGUGUUAUGAACAGCUAUGAGGUUGUCCGUCAGAUCGGAGAGGGUGCGUUUGGCAAAGCCUUCCUGGUCAGAGAAAGAGACGGCCAUGGACACAGAGAGUGUGUGGUCAAAGAGAUCAACCUGACAAAGAUGUCAGCAAAAGAAAAGGAAGCAUCUAAAAAAGAGGUGACGCUGCUGUCGAAGAUGAAACACCCGAAUAUCGUCACCUUUAUCACGUCGUUCCAAGAGAAGAGCAGCCUCUACAUAGUCAUGGAGUACUGUAAUGGAGGAGAUCUGCUGAAGAAGAUCAACACGCAGAGAGGAGUCCACUUCUCUGAGGAGCAGAUCAUUAGCUGGUUUGUGCAGAUCUGCCUUGGCCUGAAACACAUCCAUGACAGGAAGAUCCUCCACAGAGACAUUAAAUGUCAGAACAUCUUCCUGACCAGCAGAGGGAUGAAAGCAAAGCUUGGGGACUUUGGAAUCGCAAGAAUGUUGAAUAACACCAUGGAGCUGGCCAGGACGUGUGUUGGGACGCCGUACUACCUCUCCCCAGAGAUCUGUGAAAGCCGUCCAUACAACAACAAGACGGAUAUCUGGUCUCUGGGCUGUGUCCUGUAUGAACUCUGCACGCUCAGACAUCCAUUUGAGGGCAGCAAUCUGCGGCAGCUGGUCAUGAAAAUCUGCAGGGGGCGCUACAGCCCAGUACCAAACCUCUACUCCCAUGAACUCCGCCUGCUGCUCUCACACCUAUUUAAGGUCAACCCUCGUGACCGUCCCUCCAUCACGUCUGUCCUCAGACGUCCCUUCCUGGAAAAGUACGUCUGUAAACACCUAGAGCCACAGGUGAUGCAGGAAGAGCUCAGUCCCAUGGUGCUGCACCACAACAGGGCAGCACCACAGGCCACUAAAAGCAGAGCAGGAGCAAACACAUCAGCUCCAGAGAAGGCACAGAAGUCCAGAGGAUCAGUGAGGCCCGUGGCUGCUGUGAGGAGGCAGCCGGUCCCCAGCCCCGCUCUCUGCAAAGUAACACGUCUUUAUCGAGGAGCACGACAACCAGCUGCACCUCCAGAAGCUGUAGCUCAGCAGAACCAACGGUUUAAUGUGCAGCAGCACGUCGGCCACUACCAGCACUAUCACGCCCAGCUGGAUGCCUUUGACGGAAGGAACAAGAGGGUUGUCCUUCCUCCUCCUCCUCCUCCCCCAGGGAGAGAGGAGCCAUGUGAUGACUGCCCUGCUCCUCCUGCAGAGCCAUACCAGCUUGUGGCAGCAGCUCGUAAUGAGUACCUGCAGAGGAGACAUGAGGCCAACCAAUACAAGCUGAGAGCAGAGAAACAGCUGGGUCUACGUCCAUGCACAGCUGAGCGCUACAGGAGACCCAAAGGUGAGGAGCAGGAAGUGAGACAACCUGAGCACCAGCCCACUCCCCAGGACAGGAGGCAGAGGGGGCAGCAGGACUACCUGCAUCAACUGGACCUCAUCAGACAACAGUAUCACCAGGAGAUGAGACAGAUCAGGCUGAAUGCUCAGACUGAGACUCAGCCACAAGAGAAAUGUGAAGCAGAGCCUGAACCUUGUGCAGGUGGUACAGAGCAGCAGGAGGUUCCACCUAAACAGGGUGUUGAAGCAGCUCUGAGGCAGAUCAGAGAGGACAACAGAGACCAGAGAAGGGUGCUGGAGAGAAAACACAAAGACAAGAAGGGAAUCAUGUUUGAAAUCCUGUUAGAUGACAAAGGUAUGAAAGAUGAUGCAAAGAAAGAGGCGAAGCAGGAAUCAGAGGAGGACAAUGACAUGGACCCUCUGAACCAGACUCUGAGUCUCCAGGAGGGGGAGCAGUUGAAGCUCAGGGACUGGUCAGCGGUGAGGAAGGAGUGGACCCAGAGGACUCCUCAGACUGUGCUGAACGCUCUGGCCAACAUGAACGUCAACUCCAUAUACAACACAGUGAUGGAGGCUGAAACAGGUGACGAGGAGGCUGGUCGCAGAAAGUGGCUCCACCGCCGCCCCGACACGCUGCUGAACGCUCUAGCUCAGGCUCAACUCACUUCAACUCUGGACUCGGCAGCUUUGGAGCCAGAGGAUGAAGCAGAGGAGGAAGACUCUGAUGUGGAGACAGACCACAGAUCAGAAGAUGAAGACACGAACUUCGCGGAGUCAGAGGAUGAGCUGAGAGAAGCGGUGGCAGACUCCAUGAAAAACUUAUUUGUGAUGGAGGACAGCAGCUCAGAUGAAGCAGAAAACACAGGUGACGGUUUGGUGAGUGCUGCAGACGCUCCACAGGUGGAGGAUUCAGGCACAGGUGAUGCAGGAUCCACGGGGGUCAAUUCCCAUGAGGCUGAAGAGCGUGACUGUCCGAACGACUUGCAGACAGCAUCGCACAACCCGUCGGCUCUCAAACAAUAAAGUCUUAUUCUGAGGCAGA